UGUUUUACACCAUCACAUUACAUUAUGCUACCCACCCCAAAAAAAAAUUUAACAUUGUACGCCACAACAAUUGAACCUUCCUUCAGUUCACGUAGCAUAAAGUGCAUUGUCUUUUAGUAAUGAGAAUGCUUAAACAUUACUACUUCAUUGACAAUACUAGUUAACGAAUUGAUCUUCUAAGAUCACAUUAUCUCAUCUAAUAAUUAAUCAAUCUCUUUUAUCCCUAUAAAAACCCAUUCAACGCAUCUUUGAUUUCCACAGGUAAAAGCUAAAAAUCAUUAAGUACUCCUAAUUGCCAUGGCUAUCAUGGUAACAUUCUUGAAUUUGAUUACCAUAUUUUCAUUGGUUUCUAUAGGCUAUUCAUUGAGCUUAAACUACUAUGAAAAAACAUGCCAUGAUCUGGAGUAUAUUGUUGCCAAGGCAGUGAAAGAUGCCGCUGCUAGGGACAAAACUGUUCCGGCAGCACUUCUGCGAAUGCACUUCCAUGAUUGCUUUGUUCGAGGGUGUGAUGCCUCUGUGCUGCUAUAUUCAAAAGGAAACAACAAAGCAGAAAAGGACGGACCGCCAAACAUUUCUUUGCAUGCAUUUUAUGUCAUUGAUGAAGCAAAGAGAGCAGUUGAAGCUAAAUGUCCCGGUGUAGUUUCUUGUGCUGAUAUCCUUGCUCUAGCAGCAAGGGACGCAGUUUUUCUGUCUGGAGGACCUAGAUGGGAUGUUCCUAAAGGAAGAAAGGAUGGACGAACAUCUAAGGCCAGUGAAACCAGACAAUUGCCAGCACCAACAUUUAACAUAUCGCAACUGCAGCAAAGCUUCUCUCAAAGAGCAUUGUCAGUAAAAGAUUUGGUAGCUCUGUCAGGAGGGCAUACCUUAGGUUUCUCUCACUGCUCAUCUUUCCGGAACAGAAUCCAAAACUUUAAUGCUACACAUGAUGUGGACCCUUCAUUACAUCCGUCGUUUGCAGCAAAACUAAAAUCAAUUUGUCCGUUAAAAAAUAAGGCAAAAAAUGCAGGCACCACUUUGGACCCUUCUUCAACAACUUUCGAUAAUACAUAUUACAAGUUGAUCCUCCAACAAAAAGGCUUGUUUUCUUCUGAUCAGGCUUUGCUUGACACCCCAAAAACCAAGCAUUUGGUUUCUAAGUUUGCCAGGUCACAGGAGGCUUUCUAUGAGGCUUUUGCUAAGUCCAUGAUCAAAAUGGGUAGCAUCAAUGGUGGGCAAGAAGUUAGGAAGGACUGCAGAAAGAUCAAUUAGAAAGUCUUAAUUUAAUUCAAGUUAGAUUAUGAUAUUCCAGACAAGCUAUUAUUGUGUGAAAGUGGUGGAUCAAAUUAUCAAGAUGGUAAUACGAAUAUUGCUUCUUCUUUUUUUUUCCUUUAUAAAGAAAUAUGUAUUCUUAUAUCAAUGUAAUAAUUUUCAAGCCUGUCUUGGCAAAUCAAUUUAGGAAUAUAGUUAUGAGUAGUCUUAAACUCUUAAGUAACGAGUUGAAAAAAGUUUUGUUCAGCCACAUGAGCCUGACUUCUCCAUGUGACGAUUUUCAUGGGAAAAAGUAAGAGCUCAGUCUAGUCAGGAACAUAACAAAUGUUUACUACCAUAGGCUACUAUUUGAAAUAACAGAUAAGAAUGCAAAACUCAA